UUGAUACUUAUAAAUUAUACAAUUUUUAAAAUUUAAAAAGACUUCAAGAGACCAUCAUGAUAUACUUUCUUGCAUUAUAUUUAAUUCUAUAAAAGUUAAUGUGACACUAGAAAUGUUUAAUCAUGUAUAACUUUGAACAAGCUUUUAUUUUUUUAAUAAAGAAAUGGGGUAAUACAGUGCUAACUCAUAUGGUUUUGUGAGGGAGAAGUGAGAGAAUCCAAUAAAGUUUUUGGCUCAGUGCUUGUCACAUAAUAAUUGCUAAAUGUUGGGCACUAUUAUAACUAUUUCUAACUGUUUAGAAAUUAAAAUUUCAGUUUGUAUUUAACUAUUAUAAGUAACAGUUAGAAUUAUCACAUCUUUGUUCAAAUGGUUUCUUUUUCUUGUUGUGUCAAAUCCUUCCAAGAGAAAAAAAGCAUUACUAGGUCAAAAGGUGUGAUCCUCCUUUUGUUUUUGUGCCCAAUUGUCACAUCACCCUUUAGCAAGGUGGUUCUCACUGAACAGGCUGCUGCCCGCUGUUUUGGAGAUGCCCAAACUCCUGGACCCUAAGGUUGCCCUGAGGCCUCUCUAGGUGACUGGAGAUGAGCAGAGCAGGGGACAGCCAGGUGGGGCCUGGUGGUGGCCAGCCUGGGCCUUUCCAAAACAGGACUUUAUUAAAGUCACCUCCUCCAGGAGGCCUUUCCUGGCCAUCAUUUCUGAAGGUCCAGCCUCACCUCUGACACUGCAUUUCCUCUUGGUAGUCUCUUUUCAUCUUCUCCUCAGGCCUGAUCUACCAAGGUGGAUUUGUCUUGCAUAUUGUCUGUGGUCUCCACAAUAUGAUAAACACUCAAAGACAAAGAUUUUAUCCAGCACUGAACAGUGCCUGUCACACACUAGCACUCACUGAGCACAUUAUCUAGCUGUUGAAUAAAUGAAAGCGUUUUAAACAUAAAUGAGGUCAAAGUGUUAAAAGCAUCCACCAGCUAUGAUCUCUGAGGGAUUCACUCUUUUCUGGACAGCUGGGACCUGCCGCAAUGUAGCCCUUGUUUCUAUGAGGCCCUUUCCAUUGCUAGGGACAAAAUACCCCUAACUAAGUGCCAUAAACCACUCACUUUAUCACAUUCAGAAAUUAUGCAGUCAAAUUUAGAUUAGGACAUGGUAAGGGGCUUGUGAAGAUUGAAUGGCUGUGGUGACUCAAAUGGCUGGUGACCAGAAGCAUGCAGAAGCUUUUAUCCAACCUCCUCCCCCAGUACCACCCUUCGUACUGAGCUACAUCCCUAAUUUUUGCUUUUUAAUUUUCAGAUAGCAUGUUACUAAGUUAUGCAGGCUAGGGUUGAACUUAAAAUUCUCCUGCCAGAGCCUCCCAGAAUGUUGAUGUUUCAGGCAUGCACUGACAUGCUCAGCUUGUCUAUUUAUUAUUAUCUGUGUUCUUAGCUAUUUUAUUCUUCUAGGAAUAAAUGCUAUAAAAUGUGAUACUGGUCAUGUCUUCCCUAUUUCACAUUUGGUCAUCUCACAUUGGUAGUUUAGAAAGACCAUGACAAGAGGUUCUGUGUUUGUGUCUUUGUAGUGCUAGAGAUGGAGCCCAGAGGCUCACAUAUGUGAGGCAAGUGCUGUACUGCUGAGCUAUACUCCCAAGCCUGGUAGAAGUUUUAUAUCCUAGAAAUGAAAUGCCACAUAUCAGGGCCUGACUUGCAGUUUCACUGACUGACUGCAGUCUUAAGAAAAUGAGGAAGAUUAAUGUUAAAAAUGUGCUUAAUUUAAAAGUGUGUCAUGUCUGCACCUGUUAUGCCAGCUGCACACAAAAUGAAAAUGUUCUUCUCCUACCCCAAAACCAUCAUUAUUCCAUUCAGCAAAAAAGUCACUCAUAUCAUUGAUGAACAAGUAACAUACAGACAUAAGUCCAGAUAUUUGAACUUUUGUCUUACUACUUAAUCUAGAGAAAAGUAUCAUCCAGCCCUUGUGUUGGAACUAUAGGAGUUUGUCAGGUGGGGGCAUAGGUCAAUUAUGGAUUCAAAAAUAUAAAAAGCAUCCUGUGAAUUGAUUGGAAAGAGCCCUGUGUUUUUACUCUUUAUAACUUGUGUGUUACAUGCCUUUUACAACAGCACAAUUUGUAAUACACAUAUGUGUACAUGUAAUACAUAUAUAUAUAUAUAUAUAUAUAUAUAUACAUAAACAAAUAUGUUGGUUAUUAAACAUUUACUAACACACUGUUGUUAAAAUCUCACACUCCAUGGGCCUUGUGCUUUCAACUCAGAUGUGUCGAUAACAUUCAAGCUCAUAGUCUCGCUGCCCUUGUGUAACCUUUCGGGGCGAUUCACCACUGCUCCACACAGAGCGACUCCAUGUUGGGAGGUGGUAUUCCUCCUGCAUGGUCUACUCAUUUUGGGAGCGUGAAGGGCUGUUCUGUGUCUGUUCUCCCCCAUCAGUGCAGUUGUACUGAGUGAAUAAGCUCUCUAAAAAGCAAAAACAAUGCAUCCUGAAUGGCUAUAGCUUCCUCACAUCUAAAAAAUGCAGACUAUCCACUUGGGGUAGAUAGUACGUGGUCUGAUUGGGGUAGGACAGGAAGUGAUUCCAAGCGGCCAAAAAGAAAGUUUGAAAUGCUCUGUGUACAUGCUCAUUAUCACCCCUUGGGUGAUUACAAAACUGUCUGCCAUGUCAUCACCAUUUGCUAUCCUGUCCCACUCUUAUGAUUUCCAGAAAAUAAAAACAAAUCAGAAAGUAACUGACCACCUCAACAAACUGUCCUUGUUUACAUGUCAUUACAGAGUAGCUAUGGAGCAAGAAACUACCAAGGUAUAAUCUUCUGCAAGAUCCUGGUCAUCACCAUGGUUAUGAUGAGCUGGAGUGAUCCUAGUUAGGUCAUUCUAGUUAUAUAUUAUUUUGGGGGAAAUAUAAUAUGUGAUAAUACUGAAUACUACACAUUGUAUUAAAUUCAUUAGCUAAAAUUCAACAGUUCAUCACGUGUGUUCCUUAAAACUAGAACCUAUGGAGCCACUAUCAUCACACCCAGAUGUUAUACACUGAAACAAAUAUUUUUCUCUCUAAAGGAAAAUUAAUGUGGAAUUUUCUAGAAAGACUCAGUACUACCUAAUGAAAUAGAAAUGAUGAUAUGAAAGAAAAACAUCCUAAAAUUUCAUAGCUCUCUGGGCUCAAAUCCCCAGUACUUGAUUUCAGAAAAAAAGGCCUUUUUUACAUGGAAAAGACCUCCCAGCACUGUGAAAGCUAUCAGUGUACACACAUGGCUUUAAAAGUGAAGAUAUCACCAAUGAUUGAAAGUGCCAGGAGUUUGCCCAGAUUUGCUAUAUAUAUAUAUAUAUAUAUAUAUAGCAUGCUGAAUGAGACAGAUGGUGUAUGACUAUAAUCCCAGCACUCUGGGCAUCUGAGUUAAGGAGAUCACAAGAUAGACCAAUUUUGUGACUUAGGAAGACUCUUAGUGUGUAUCUAAAAAGAAUAUCUGAGGAUAUAUCUGUAGUUCACUGUGCAGAUGCAAAGUAAAAAUAAGAAAAAUGCAAAUGUAAAAAACUAAUAGAUGAUAAAUCGAUUCACAGAUACUUAGAUAAAAUAAUAAAAUAACUAGCCACUGAUUUACUUAGCAUGAUGAAAAAGUUGAGCCAUAGGCUUUCUUAUCAGUUAUUGGACCUCAAGUUAUUGGACAUAACUUCCUGGCAACAUGACCAAGCAGAACUUGGAACCCUUGUAGAAGACAUCACAAUCCAGUACUGCCCACCUCCCCAGCUCAUUUGCCUGGAGACACUCAGCGGAGAGGAUGCUGAAUUGUUUCUCCACAUCCAGAGGCCACAACCCCAGGACCCCAGGCAGACAAAGUCUAUGUCAAAAAUUGAGAAAACGCCUCACACCAUCCAGAUGCCGCAGGCCAAGGUGCGAAAGGCACCCAACUUUCACAGUCAGCCCAGAGACAGUCUCCCCAAGACCAACCGACUGUGAACAGCCAACAUCAAGGUACCCACCCCAAAACUCUGUUGACUCAGGUACAAAUGACACUGAAACCCAAAAGAUUCAUGGGCAAGUUUCAACAGGCCCCGAGAUACUCAGCAGCUCUGGGCAGGUCUCAGCAGAGCUGGCAGCAGUAAAGUCAGAUAGACCAAGGUGUCCAGAAGUAGAGACUGAAGUCACAGUGUCCAGCAACCACCAAACACUAAGAAACCUACAAUAUGACCAGCUGGGCUGAGCCAUUAUGGAGAAUUACUUGGCAGGGAGAGAUGCCCAACCCCACACUGAACAGACAAUAAAGGCAGUAAGGUCUCCCUCACCCAUUAAGCCCUGUAUGCCAGUUUUCCUGCAUGACCAACCCUUCUCUGACCCAUUCUUCCCAAGUACCUCCAUGGCCUACACCACCUCCCAACAGGCCCAAGUUGUAGGUGGGGAUAAGAAGAUGACAAGCCUUGAGAUUUUGUUUUCUUCUGAGGGCAAUGAACUUCUAGACAUCUGCUCAUUUGGUAAUAAACACCUCACAACAAGAUGUGUAGAUGAAAAGAGAGAUCCAUGCAAUACGUUGCCUCUGUUGCAAUUAGAAGAUCGAUAUAUGCUUUCUGAGCUUAAUACAGAUUCUGAGCUGCUAAUUCAUACAUCAUCUCAUGCACCAAAGUAUACUGAGGUGUCUUGUGUAUCUGAAUGUACUGAAGUGCCUUGCUUACCACAAGAUGGAAAGGUGAUUUGCAUACCAGAAGAUCCUAAAGUGCCUUGGGUGCCAAAAACAACUCUGCCUCGUAUGUGUUUAGAUCAGAGUUCUUGGGACUGUCUGCAAAAGGAUACAGAGGCUCUCCCACCAUCAUUUCCAGAGGCUCCUCAGGUGUUUUGGGUACAAGAACAGCCUAAGACACCUUCUCCAGAAGAUAAAUCCAUCUGCUGUAGAGCUUCAGGACACUUGAGAAAGGUUCACUGCGCUAACGGCCACACAUUUGGAUCUAAAAGGUUCAGUAAGCAUGCUAAUUGUGCUGUCUGCUCAGACCCCACGGGGGGAUUUGGACGCAAGGCAUACAAAUGUAUGCACUGUAAAAUUUUAGUUCAUAAGAAGUGCCAUGCACUCGUCAGAGUUCCAUGCAAGCACCAUACUUUGCAUGAUGAAUGCACAAUGCCAAUAAACCAGGUUUCCAUGGCUUUAGAUCCCAAACAGGAAGUAGUCUCACCAAAUCCUAAAAGUCAUGUGGGUAUGCAAGCAAUAGAUGAUGAGAAUGAGACAAAUACUGGUGAGGAAAAUGGCAGGCCUUUGUGCUCUUCUGCUCUUAAAGACUUUGACUUUCUCCGUGUCCUCGGGAGAGGAAGCUACGGUAAAGUUUUACUAGCUCGGCAUAAAACAACAGAUCACCUCUAUGCCAUGAAAGUGGUGAGAAAGGACGAUGAAAACCUUAUUCGUCUCCAGGUAGAGAAGCAAAUAUUGGAGAAGAGCUUGAACCACCCUUACCUGGUUGGCCUGCAUUCCUGCAUCGAGACACCAACCAGAUUUUUCUUUAUCCUGGAUUACAUCAGUGGAGGAGACCUAACAUACCAUCUGCAACAGUUCGGAAUCUUUCCCAAAGCACAUGUGAGAUUCUACUCCGGGGAGAUCUCCUUAGCUAUCAAGUUUCUUCAUGAACAUGAGAUAUUACACAGGGAUCUGAAGUUGGAGAAUUUGUUACUAGAUGUGGACGGACACAUUAAAAUUACCGAUUACAACCUAUGUAAGGCAGGACUGAAGGCAGGCGAGAAGACCAACACUUUCUGUGGCACACUCAGUUAUCUGGCUCCAGAAAUCAUCAGAGGCGAAAGCUAUGGUUUCAGUGUGGACUGGUGGAAUCUUGGAACAGUCAUGUUCGAAAUGAUGGUGGGAGAGCCUCCGUAUCCUUUUGCAGACAGUCCCAAGAACUCUGAUCUAAACACAUACAAGGUCUUGCAAUCUAUGUUAGAAAGAGAAGUCAACAUUCCAAAUCACCUGUCUGUCGAAGCCAGAAGCAUCCUCAAGGGUCUUCUGAAGAAGGAGCCAGAGGUAAGAUUGGGCUGUCACCCUCAGAGAGGAUUCAUCAAUAUUAAAGAGCAUCCAUUCUUUAACAAUCUGGACUGGAACAUGAUGGGAAAACAGCAAGUGCCUCCUCCCUUUAAGACAAGUAUUGGUACAGAAUUCAGGAUAGAAAACUUUGACCCUGAAUUUACCAACGAACCUGUCCAGCUCACACCUGAUGACAGUUACUUUAUGAACAGCAUAGAUGAAUUUGGACUUUGAGUACAUCAAUCCCCUUUUCACAUAAGAAGAAUGAGUCUGAUUGUCACCUUCCAGUUAAGCAUCUGUUUGUAUAUCUAAGGCAUGACAAAACUUGUUACCAGCUUGCAUUCAACUGACACUUUUAUAAUUGCCUGGAAGAUCAUUUUAAUUUCCUAUUUCUAUAUGAAGAUGCCCUGCUUGAUUUUGGUUUUUGGUUGACAAAGUUACUUUUUAUGAUAAGACUUAAUGAUGAGGCAAUUUCUUUUUACCAAGUUUGUAAACACAUUCCGUUUGUUGCUUGGAGACAUAUUCCUGAUUUUUUUAUUUACUAUACUGGAAAAUAAUAUCUCAUUAUGCUUGUUUUGCUCCCAAACUAUAUGACCUAUAUAUUUAGGCCCCUGAUUUUGUAAUAUUCAGGGAAAUCCAAAAACAAUAGUAACAACUUUGAACAACUCUGCAGAAACCACAUACCUUGUAGCUCUGUCUCCUAGGUCAAACUUUAACCAUCUUAAAGUAUUACACCAUAGAUAUACUUUCUAAUAUUUAGUGGACAUCAAAACAAUAAUGCAAAGAAAGUAUUUCUCCAAAUAAGGCUA